AUGUCGACGUCCGUGGAGGAAGUGGCACCGGCCGUCGACGACAACGAUUAUGUCGUCGAAGAUCAAUUCGAACCGCAUCCACGGUCGACUAUUUCGCUCGAGCAAAUCGAUAAGCUUCAGAACCGUUAUGGUGUGGUCAUUCGCAAUCCGAAGAAGACAGAAUUGGUCGAGAGGCCGGUCUUUCUCCUCGAGAUCCUCUCGGAUCUAGGGCUUGCGCUGCCUCAGCUCACUCCGAAUCUGCUCCGAACUCUAAUCGCCCUAAAGGUUUUGUUCAGCGACAACAGCCUUCCCUUUGGGGCCACCGAAUUUCACCAAUUGUGUUCCCCGAAGGGGAAUUCGCGACAGCCGGGGUCGUAUUAUGUCACGGCGAGGACGAACCGGAAAAUCCUGGAGGAAGCUCCCGGUCGAAUUCGCAAUACGCCUGAACCUAAGGCUCAGACAGAAAUUCUUCUUAGCGGAUGUUGUCAUUGGUUAUCUUUUUCGGCGCAAAGGAUACAACGAGCUUACGAGAUCCAACCGGGACAGCAGAUCGUUCGGGACGCUCCUCCACCGAGACACGUCGUUCAGGCUCUGUUAGCUCCGAGUGUCGUUCGCUCUCAGCGAGGUAAUCUUUUCCGAAUAUUAGUAGCUGUUUCUUUCGAUGAAGUUGAAAUACGUGAUGUGUCGAGGUCUGAUAUUGGAUCGUAA